AAGUUCAAGAGCAGACUCAACCAGCCGAGGAGACUGAGAAGGAAAACGUCGACGAUGAGAAGCCUGAGGAGAAUAAGGUGGAGGAGAAAUCGACCGAUGACAACAUUUCUUGUACGUCAACAAUUACCGUGGGAUGGGGGGAUUUUACAACGUGUUCCGAGGCUAUUCGAACCGUGGAAGCUCUGCCUCGGGAGACUACCGCUCCCGCAGGUUUGCCGGAGGCAGUUCCGGGUCUUAUUAUCGUCGAGGAUUGCGCUAUUAGAAAGGCCAUCUAUCCCGACUUCGAUGCGAUGCUGUUUUCUUGAAAAGGAUUUAGGAUGAAUUGUCAGCCAUCGGCGAGUCAAAAUCUUCGGGAAAGCGUUGGAAUUAUGAACCAGAAGAUCGAACCUCGGGUUUGCUGGCUUUGGGCUUUGACUUACCGGGAUUGUUACGUUCAUCAGGGAAUUAAAAGCUCAAAUGGAGAGAA